AUGUCUAUGAAGCAUAGCGUCGACGAGAUAAAGACAGCAGUAGACACUAUGCUGGCUGACAGCAAUGCCGAGUUGGACAGAAUAGAAUCAUCAAUUAUUGAUGAGAUAUCCAAAGAAGAGAAAAAAACAGAAGAACAUAUCACAUGGUUGAAUAAACUGAUGGAGGACUACAUCAGCAAUAUAUCUUCAUGCAAACCAUCUGAAGUUAUCACAUUUAACGAAGACGAUGAAGAAAAUAUUCUUGUACAGAUUCCUGAUAUUAUUGAUCCUGUAGUACCCGAGUUUAAAAAGGGUAGAAUUAUUAAAGAGGAAAUAAAAAAGCUUUUUGGUUCCAUCAGUUUCUGUACGCUUUCUGAACGUAAAAUGCCAAAAGAGAACGACAAAAUAAAUCUAAAAUCCCUGACAUCAGUAACAUCUAAACCAACUCAACAGCAAAGUAUGAAGAUUCCCUUCUCUUUGAAGAAAUUGCAGGGCGUUGAUUUAUCUUUCAGGAAUAGAGUUCGGCAUCUAUCACCAUUAUCUUCUGGAAAGUUUUGGGCUAGUGAUAGUUAUGGACAUCUCUUUCAGUUUGACUUGAAAGGGAAUAUAUUUAAGAAAUUAAACAUCGGAGGACAGGACCGUGGGUUCCACACAGUCACUAAAGACGACGAUCUACUCUACACGGAUUAUAACAUGAAAGCCAUUUACAAAAUGAACAGUGAUCUAACACUGAAUGAUCUGUUUAUCACAACAGGAGACUGGGAACCAUGGUCUGUCUACUGCUCCCUUAAAAGCGGUGACAUACUUGUCGGCAUGACAAAGGAUAGUAAAUGGAAAAUAACCAGAUAUAGCAACGAAGGGGUGAAGUUACAUGAUAUUCGGAGGCACGAUAAUGGAAAAGAACUAUACUCAAGCAUAGGCAACAUCACAGAGAACAUCAAUGGUGAUGUUUGUACAAUAGACUACGUAGCCUGUAAGUUGGUGGUAGUGACCAGAUCUGGAGAUUAUCGAUUCCAUUACGCUGGUUUUAUUUCUCAUUCAAGUUUACCGAGUGGAAUCUGUACAGAUAUACUUGGAAAUAUCUUGCAUUCUGUCGUCAUUGACUUUCCGUUUGACAUCCCAGCAAAAUUCGCAGCACAGUUAAGGUUAAAGAAAGGAGGCGGGGCAUAG